AUGCUCGUGUCGCUCGUCAUACUGCAAGCCGCGGGCGCGCUCGCCUCGCUGCAGCGCCGCGCCGGCGCCUCGGCGUGGAGCUCGUCGGCCGACGGCAAGUACAAGCUCAGCCAGGUGGACGCGCCGUCGCUGGGCGGCAGCAACCCCGGCCUCGACACGUGGGACCUGACGAUUGCGGACAAGACGGGCCUGCGGCAGACGAUCAAGGGCUUUGGCGCGUGCGUCACCGACGGCACGGUGACGGCCUUCAAUAAGCUGCCGGCGGACCAGCGCAGCGCGCUGCUCAAGGACCUGAUGGGCCCGGACGGGCUCAACUUCAACCUCAUGCGCCACACCGUCGCCAGCUCCGACCUGUCGGCGGACCCGGCGUACUCGUACGACGACAACGGCGGCAAGCCGGACACGGGCCUAUCGGGCUUCAACCUGGGCGACCGCGGCAACGCCAUGGUGUCGAUGCUGGCCGAGAUGCGCCGCCUGCAGCCGGACCUGACGAUCCUGGGCUCGCCGUGGGCGCCGCCGGGCUGGAUGCAGCUCGACGGCGUCAUCACGGGCACCACGACCAACAACAACCUCAACCACCAGUACGUCGACGCCUACGCGCAGUACUUUGUCAAGUACCUGCAGGCGUACGAACAGGGCGGCGCACAUAUCGACGCCAUCACCAUCCAGAACGAGCCGCUCAACAGCCGCGCCCAGAUGCCCACCAUGUACAUCUUUGCCGACGAGUCGGGCGCGCUGAUCCGCGACAACGUGGGGCCGGCCAUCAAGAAGGCGGGUUUGAAGACGCAGGUCUGGGCGUUUGACCACAACACGCAGGACUACGACUACCCCGAGACCGUCGUCAACAUGAACGGCAAGGACACGGUGCAGGCGGCGGCGUGGCACUGCUACUCGGGCAACGACCCGUCGCACUGGCAGCCGCUGUCGCGGUUCCACGACCAGUUCCCGGACCGCGAGCAGUACAUGACGGAGUGCUGGACGGCCGUGGGCACGACCGAUUGGGUGCACUCGUCGAGCUUCGCGCUGCUGCCGCUGCAGAACUGGGCCAACGGCAUCAUCGCGUGGGCGCUGGGCAGCUUCUCGGGCGGCGGGCCCGUCAUCAGCGGCGGCGACGCCUGCGGCAUCUGCACGGGGCUCGUGACGGUGGACCCCAGCGGCGGCUCGUACAGGAAGGAGGUCGACUACUAUAUGAUGGGCCAGUUCAGCCGCUUCAUGCCCAAGGGCGGGCGCGCGCUCGCCGGCACGGGCAGCUACCUGUACGGCGACGGCACGGGCGUCGAGUCGGUGGCGACGCUCAACCCGGACGGGACGCGCACCGUCGUGAUUCAGAAUCGGUACGACCACGACAUUUGGGUGCAGCUGGGGACCGAGGGCGACGGCAAGUGGAGCGGCCGGGCGUAUGCCAAGGCCGUGACGACGUGGGUGCUGCCCAAGGCGUGA